AUGAAAACAAAUCUUGCACGAAUAUGGAAAACAGAGCAUCCCUUCACGACCCGAGACCUCGACAAUGGGUUCUUCGUUGUCUCAUUUGACGAUGAGGAUGACAUGAAUAUGAUAUAUCAGGAAGGACCCUGGAUGUUUGCCGAUCACUACCUCGCUGUACAACGGUGGCGGCCAAAUUUUGACCCUUGGGAAGCAAAGGUGCAGAAGAAAAUCGCCGUGUGGAUCCGUAUACCUCUCCUCCCCUUGGAAUUCUUCAACGUAGAAAGCUUGCGACUGAUUGGAAAGCUGAUCGGGAGAACUCUAAAGGUGGAUAUGAUCACGCAUACAAGUGAAAGAGGCCGCUUCGCACGAAUCUGCAUUGAGAUAGACCUUAAGAAGAAACUAAAGUCAGCCAUCAAUGUCUUUGGCCGACGACGAGUUAUCGCGUACGAAGGUCUCCAGCUCGUCUGCUUCCACUGCGCGAAAUAUGGGCAUCACAGGAAUGCAUGUCCGGAUAGGAGUACCACCCCUGAAGCAACAACAGAUCAUCCUGGGACUGAGAACGCAGCAACUGGUAUAAAAACAGGGGCAGCAAACGUUGACCUAAACAAAGAGCCGAACGAGAUGAACAUAUCACCUCCAAUAACCCAACACAAUAUCUUCGAAAGCGGCAUCCCCAAACGCCCUCAGGACGACCAGAAAUCCGGUGAGAAUUCUGACAGAUACAACUUGCCGGCGGCGGAAGGCCUUGGAGCUUGGAACUUGGUGCAACGGCCAAGAGGAAGAAGAUUUAGAAAACCCGAUGAAACAGGGCCCGGAGUAAAUGCUCAAGAGAAUUUUAAGCAUCAUAAUACGUGA